AUGUCACACAAUAAACACUUUUUUCUUUCUCUCUCUUUUUUAUUCCCUUUUUUACACAUUGUUUUCCUCAAUACUUUUAUGUCUAUACAACUCCUGUCUGCUUAUUCAUUCCUACUCCUUGUGUUUUCCUUUCUUCACCUCUUUCUUUUCUUACCCCAACUCUCACCUCUCUUUCUUGCCUUCUAUUCCCAUGUCAGUUUUUCUUUUUUUCUCUCAUUCUUAUUAUCUCUCUUAUUCAUACCUCUUGAAACUGCCUCUCUCUUUUUUUCAUACAUCCUUCUUUUCUGUCUCAUUUUAGUUUCAUUCUCUCUUCCUUCAUUUAUUCAGCUAUCCACUUCUCUGUUUAUAUCUCUUUGUCCAACCCAAAACUUACUCUCUGUUUUUUCCCCUCCUCCUUAUUUCACUAAUAGCAUUGCUUCCUCAUCCUCUCUUUUCCAACUCUCUAUUUUACUUUCUUAUUCUCUUUAUUCCAUUUUUUUUCUUGUAAAUCUUCUUUCAAAUAUUUCUUUUCUCUUUUUCCUCAUUCACUACUUUCCUUUUGUCUUUUUCUUCAUUCCCCACUCUCCCUUUCUCUUUGUUCCUAAUUUCCUUUUCUCUUUGUUCCCCACUCUCCCUUUGUCUUUUUCUUUUCCCACACUCUCUUUUUUGAAUUUUCUUUUUCCUCUCUCCCCUUUCACUUUUUCUUCUUUCCUCUCUUCCUUCCUCUCAUCUUUCCUCUCUUCCUUCCUCUCAUCUUUCCUCUCUUCCUUCCUCUCAUCUUUCCUCUCUUCCUUUCUCUCAUCUUUCCUCUCUUCCUUUCUCUCAUCUUUCCUCUCUUCCUUUCUCUCAUCUUUUCUUUCCUCCCUUCCUUUCUCUUUUCUUCCCUCUUUUCUCUUCUUUCACUUUCUUCCUUUCUCUCUUACUUCCACUCCUCACUACCUUUCUCUUUUCUUCUCUUUCCACUCUCCUACUUUCUCUUUUCUUCUCUCCACCCUCUUACUUUCUUUUCCUUACCUCAUUUCCUUUCUCUUUUGA